AUGAUACAUCAAGAUGGAACAUUAAUAAUAAUUAUAAAAAAUAAACUGUGUCAUCGUGAACUUUUUAAUGGUGGAUACUACUUUGUUUUCAAAAUUGGUAAUAAAUGUGUAAGGUUUCAUACACCAGAUGGAACUUUUAAAUUUUUUAUAACAAAAGAAGAAUAUAAUAAAACUAUCGAUCUAUUCAUUUUCAAAAGAGAAAGAAUUAGAAAAAGGUCACCAGGAGAUAAUAAACCAUUAACAGGCGUAAAUAUGAUAAGACAAAUGGUAUCUAGAGACACAAUAGAUUUUUUGAAAUUGAGACCAACAUUGAAAGUCGCUACAAGAAUUGAAUGGAACUCUAUUGAGGUAGAUUUUAUCAACGGAGAAGUCGCCUUGUUAUUAGAUAUCGAGUUCUAUCCGACCUUGCCACUUCUUCCAGGAAAGAUACGGGAAGCUCAUGCAUUAUCGGAAGGUGAAUCAAGUUUAAAACCACCCUUACCAUCAAGAUAUAAAAAACCACUAGUUAAUUAUACACAUGUCCCAGAGCAUCGACGGUCCAGCUCUAAACCUUUGAACUAUGUCAGGAGCGCAUUUUCUCUUUCACAUUCUCUGAAUAAAAAAGAGCAAAAAAGGUAUCAGCUUCAUAACGCAGGUUCUACUAUUAUGCUUGAAACCAAAGAAAACUAUAGUAUUAGUGACAUGAAAAGUGACGCUGGUUAUAUUCAUGGAGACUCCACUUUUAAAUCGAAUACCACUGACGUAAAUCCAGUGUUAAUAGCGAAUUAUAUUAGGAAAAAUGUACAACCACAUAAAAACCCAGAUAAGUUAUCAUUAUAUACCACUCCAAGGGAAUACUUACAAAGUGAAUAUAAUAGACUUCUGCACAAUGAAAGCAUUGAUUUCAGCCACCCAUUUAGCAUUGACAAUAUUCGAGUCACGGGAUAUGUGGGUAAUGGUCGUUGGUGCGACAGCGCAUUGAACGAUUCUUCACAAUAUUAUUAUUUGAUGAAAUAUGUCACAGCUUUUCCCAGUCCGAGGUUACCGCCUAAAUGUCCGAUCAAUAUGCUCUUGGAAGAGUAUUAUUUAAUUGACAAAAAAAUUACAUAA